AUGCCCGCCGACGGGCCGAACAUCAACCUCUGCAAGACGAUCAUGUCGUCCGUCGCUCUGGGGUAUCCGCUUCCGACGCUGCUGAACUGGGACGGCGAGUUCAACCGCAGGGGCUGGCAUUUCGGGGGCAGCCACAUUGCCAAGCUGGAGAGUCUCCUAGCGGUCAUUGAGGAGCUGCUGACGAGCAGCGAGGAUGCACACGAGGACGACCUCGCCCUCAUGGUUGACGCCUACGACAUCUGGUUCCAGCUGCCGCCGUCUGUCCUGAUCCAGCGGUAUCACCAAUUAAAUCGCGAAGCCGACGAGCGCAAUCGCGGACUCUGGGAAGAGUCCAAUGCGCUGCACGCGAGCUUUCCUCUCGAACCACCACGCCAGUCGAUUAUUGUCACGGGCGCCAAGGACUGUCAACCUGGUCCUGAAUCCGGCUCCGACCCCCAUUACGACCUCUGGCCGCAAUCGCCCAUGCCACUCGACCUCUACGGCGACCAGACGGACCAGUACCAAUUCGCCAUCUUCGACUCGUCGCAUCGCUUCGCUCGGAUCCGACCGCGCUGCGUCAACAGCGGCAUGAUCAUGGGCACAAUGGGUGCUAUGCGCGACGCUCUGCGUCGAGCGCAGGACAAGGUGAACGACGUCGCGCGCGCUGGGCGCCAGCUGUGGAGUGACCAGGCGCUCUUUGCCGAAGUGCGGGGUGAUCAGGAAGCGUGGCGGGCGUGGACACGAGAAUUGGCAUCGACGUGGAACGGCAGCGUGGCAACGAGCCCCGAGUCGACCAGACAUGCCCAUGUGAAUAGCAUUGCCGCUGCGGCGUUGCGAGGUGAGCGAUUCGAGUUCGGCAUCGGUCUUGACUAUAACUUUACCACCAUCCCACCGACGUGCUCGUCCGAGGACGAUGGGGACUUCAUCAAGUUUGAUGACAAGCCCGCGCUUGCAGUUAAAACGUACCAAGCAGGCGUGCGCGAUCGCGUGCGACUGACAAGCCUCCCGCCGGAGCUCGAUGCGGCGCUCGAACUAAAGGAGGGUCCCCUGGCCAACUUGAAAUGGGGCCUGAAACCGCUCUACUCUGACUUAUUCUUUGGCGUCACGCCCGUGGGUAUCCAUCACAAUGCAUACAAGAAUGGCCUGAAACCCUGGCGACUAAAGAACUGGUGGCAUCGGAUGUGGUUCUACCCCAUGCUGCGGGAGCUGAUCACGUACAGUCUCGCCGUGCGCAAGAAGGGGGAACGGAUACUGCUGGAGAUGGAGGACGGGGUGAAUUAUGUGGCGCCGCAAGAAGAGUUUGUGAACGUGUUCAAGCCAGGUAGUGAGGCUGUGUUGGAGGCCAUUGGGUGGGAUGGCGUCUGCCAGAAGGGCAGUACGCCGUGGUAUGACGAGUUGCUGGGCGAUGGGGAGGGUAAAUUGGUGCUCUGA